CGGAGAAGAUCACACCAGUUAACAUCGCGGGGUGCUCAGAAAAAUUCGUAAAGAAAAAGUGAAAUUAAUUGCAAAAAUGUUGAAAUUAAUCUCUUAUGCGGCUAUCAUCACCAUGACUUUGUUGGAAAAUAUUCAAGCCCAGAGACCAUCUUUUUCGGGCUUGAGACCACCAGGUGGACUAAGUCAAAAGGACAAAUACCACGCCACCCAGAACACGGCUGUGGAGAAUAUCACCGGUGUGGAUAUAGCUACGAGAUUCGGAGAGUCGUCCAGUUCGCAAAGGCCUGCUCUUAUCAAUCUACCCUUCGGAGCACCCCAGAGACCGCCCGUUGGCGUUCCCGUAGUGCUGCCAAUAAACAGCUCUGAUCCGGAACAGGUCCCAACUGUGGCCAACCGAUUUGGAGCACCUGACUCCCAAAACGCAACUGCUACUUCCCCCACCGACAGUACCGCAGCCGCAGUGGCACCAGUGGCCCCAGUUUUCAACCAGCUUCCCGUCGAUGCCCACGGUGACCGAGAGUGGGUUAACUACUUGAGUCAGCUGCCCGUGGAAAACCAGCCCUUCUGGUUCAUAAACUACCAGGCCAUCGAAGCCCAUCGGAACAGCUCCAGACCUAAUGUGGGCGCUCUGGAAACUCCGGGAUCUUUCUUCCGCGGCUAGCAGCCUUAAUGGGACUUAACAAACCUAUGCUUAGCAUACCCUUAAAAAAUAUUUUCGAAUUUUAAUAUAUAAUUAUUUAUUAACCUUUAUAAAGAUUGUUUAUUUUUGAA